AGCUGAGGAGCAGAUGCAAGAACAGAAACUGAGGAGUCAAGAUGGAGCAAAGAGACAAGAGGAAAGACAGACUCACACAGGAGAGAAACCUUAUCAAUGCUUGGAGUGUGGAAAGAGCUUCAGUCAGAGUAGGACUUUUACUUUGCAUCAAAAAACUCACACAGGAGACAAACCUUAUCAAUGCUUGGAGUGUGGAAAGAGCUUCAGGUGGAGUAGCAACCUUACUUUGCAUCAAAGAACUCACACAGGGGACAAACCUUAUCAAUGCUUGGAGUGUGGAAAGAGCUUCAGGUGCAGUAGCCACCUUACUUCGCAUCACAAAACUCACACAGGGGACAAACCUUAUCAAUGCUUGGAGUGUGGAAAGAGGUUUAGUCAGAAUGGCAACCUUACUUCGCAUCAAAGAAGUCACACAGGAGACAAACCUUAUAAAUGCUUGGAGUGUGGAAAGAGCUUUAGUCAGGGUAGCACUCUUACUUCGCAUCAAAGAACUCACACAGGAGAUAAACCUUAUCAAUGCUUGGAGUGUGGAAAGAGCUUUAGUCAGAAUAGCGCCCUUAGUUCACAUCAAAGAACUCACAUAGGGGACAAACCUUAUAAAUGCUUGGAGUGUGGAAAGAGCUUUAGUCAGAAUGGCAACCUUACUUUACAUCAAAGAAGUCACACGGGACAAACCUUAUAAAUGCUUGGAGUGUGGAAAGAGCAUCAGGAGGAGUAGCAACCUUACUUCGCAUCACAAAACUCAUACAGGGAACAAACCUUAUCAAUUCUUGGAGUGUGGAAAGUGUUUUAGUCGGAGUGACACCCUUAGUAAACAUGAAAGAACUCACAGGAGACAAACCUUAUAAAUGCUUGGAGUGUGGAAAGAGCUUUAGUUCUCUAAAUCCCUAACCAAUCCCUAGGUCUCGACAGGGUCCUAUGAAAUUGGUCCCACAGUUGGACCUCAACUGCUUGGUUGGGCCUCGUAUGGCAAGGAACCUAUGGAGGGCAUUUAUGAAACUCAAAGUGUCCAUGGACUCGAUCACUUCUAUGUGAAUGCUUAAGCAGGUAAAGGCUUUACUACCUGGGGCUGCCUUUGAAGACGGUUCAGAAACUGCAGGUUGUCCAAAAUGCAAUGCCCUGAUUGGUAACAGGGACCAGAUGGUUCAAACGUAUAAAACCAAUUCUGGCCUGCUUGCGUUGGCUGCCUGUAUGUUUCCAAGCUCAAUUCAAGGUGCUGGAUUUGACCUAUUAUACAGCCACAAGAGUGUCUGUAUAGUAUAGCCAGCGGGGAUUUUUCACAUUCCGCAAUGUUCAAUUGAAAAUACCCCCCAUGCCAUUCUGAUGCUUCCCAUAAGCUCAUUUCAAAACAAAAGCUUCCAUAACUUAUAGUCCUGAACUCAGAAACGCUUGCUUAACAGCCCUGUCAAUCUUCAUGGCGAUACACAAAACAGUCAGAGAGAAUAGACAGUUCAAAGUGUAAAAAGAGAGAGAGAAACCUCAGAACCCUUUUGGACUUUUUUCUCUGAGAGUUAUAAUCUGUUGAAAUUCAUUAAAAAUCAGCCAUGUUCACAGAGUACCUGUAAUCCUAAUACUGACCUUGCCCCAUACUCUGACCUUCAUCUGCUGCAGUUUAAAAGUUUAAAAAAUGCCUGGCUGAUUUUUAAUUAAUUUAAUAAAUUUUGGCUGGGACCCAAUGAUAGCGCGGAGCAUGCUCAGUAAGGACCAACUGUCAGAGUUCUAAAAGCCAGACUCACAGCUGCUGGGCUUGGCUAAUCAGAGGGCCACACCUACACCAGACUUGAUUUCACUUGAGACAAUCAUGGCUUCUCUCAAAGAAUCCUGGGAAGUGUAGUUUGUGAAGGGUGCUAAGAGAUUCCUAUUCCCCUGAGAGAAUGGUUUAACAGACAGCCACUCUGAUUGAAGGACUGUGAGGGGAACAGGGCGUCUCCUAGCAACUCUUAGCACCCUUCACUAACUACACUUCCCAGGAUUCUUUGAGAGAAGCCAUGACUGGCCAAUGGGAAAUAAAGGCCUGGUGUGGAUGUGGCCAGGGACAGCUUUGGUUUAAAUUUGGGUGGGAGGCUACAUGUGUCUGCUGUAGAAUAAAAAGGUGGGGGAAAGGCUGAAAAAGAACGAUUCUGUUUACAAUGUUUUCCUUUUGGAAAGGGAAAGGUCUUCCCUUCUGCCCAGUGCCCACCCACCCAAUCUCCUCCCCUCCCACUCCCUGCCCCUUCCCUGGGUCAGUGUUGGACUAUGACCUGGGAGACCAGGGUUUGAAUCCCCACACAGCCAUGUAGCUGACUGGGUGACCUGGGGCCAGUCACAGCCUCUUGGGCUCAGAGGAAGACAAUGGUGAAAUCACCUCUGAAUACCGUCUACCAUGAAAACCCUAUUCAAAGGGUCGCAAUAGGUGGGGAUUGACUUGAAGGCAGUCCAUUUUCAUUUUCAAACAUGAUUGCAUAGAAAUAGAUCCCACUGAACUCAAAAAAUAUGCAAAUGAUCAAACCCACCCUCCCUUCUCCUUAUUCCUAUCCCCUCCUCUUGCCCCUUCCCUCCCCCUUCCUUUGCCCCUCACUCCCCAUCCCCUUCCAAUCCCCUCUUUCUC